CUGCGCGGGGCAGUGACAGCAGGGAGCGGCGCCCAGACCACGACCUAGACCAGGGUUGAGUGCGUCUGACCCUCGCCUCGCGGAGAGCCCGAGGGAAGACCCCGGAGAGGGCGGGGGAGAACCUCAUCAGGACCGGGACUCAGGGUGGGAACCCCCAGGGCGAGUGCAGGAAGGCCUGCGAGGGAGCCGUUCAGCACGGACCUGCCUGGGACGUGGGCACUCUGGACCCGAGUGGGGACCUGACCGGGGUCAGGGAGGGGCUGAUCCUGGUCCUGACCAGGGAGCAGGGAGGGGGCAGUGGUGCAGAUGGAAAGCAGUCCGGAAGGUAGAACACGUGAAAAGCUCAGAUCCGGUGGUUUGUCUUUGCUUGGAAGUGGUGGCCACGUUCUUGGGUGCGGUGAAUCCGUGGUGAAAGUAGGGAACUGUCGUGGGCCUGGGCGGGGGUGGGGGGUGAACAUCUGGAGUCUGAGUCAGGAGUCAGCAGGGCAUCUCCACGGUUGUAGAGGUUGUUCCCUGCACAAGCUGGCUGGGGAGCGAGGGUACGGCCCCGCUCGGGCCUGCACCGAUCACCGAGCCGUGCGCUUAUCCUGGUGCUGGUCUAGCUCAGCCAAGAGGAGGCGCGCCUCCCUCCAGUCCCCCCGCGGGCCCUGCCUGCUAACUGCCAACUAACCCCGGGCGGGCGUGUCCGCGGAGGGCCCGUGUCUAAGUCACACCGUGGCAGGCUGUGUGUGUUGUGCGGCGGUGGUAGGGAGACAUUCUAAGUGACAGGGACGAAAUAACCUGCCUCCUCUUCUCGGGGACUUAGCGCAAGGGAGCGCGGAGAGCGGCAUGGAGUCACCAGACGACAGCACUCAGAGCUGCCGCAUUCUUCCCAUGUUCGGCAGCUCUGUGGGAAAGCUGCAGCAGCUCCUGGGCAAGGGGGAGUACCUGCUGCUGAAGGACGUGCCCGUGUUUGAGAGCGACUUUAUCCAGAUCAACAGAAGAGGGGAAGUGAUUGAUGUGCACAGCGCUGUGCAGAUGGUGACGGUGGGCAUUGCGUAUACCAGCCGCCACCUCACAAUGCCCGAUGCCAUGCUGCUGGCACAGCCGGCUGUGAGCUGUGCAGUCAGGGCCAGAAAUGACCAAGAUACCCAGAGAAAGGACCUCAGGUCGACAGAGAGAUUGGAGCUGACCAGGCUGCUUCCUUUGAAGUUUGUCAAGUUAGCCAUCUAUAAUCAUGAGAAAAAACAGUUCCACUUGAAGCUUGCCACUGGUCGCUCUUUUUACCUACAACUGUGCCUUCCUUCAGAUGCGAGACAAGAUCUGUUUGCAUGCUGGGAAGACUUAGUGUACCUGCUGAGACCGCCAGUGGAGGCUUACAGUGGGACCCAGGCCCAACCUGCUGGUGACAUGGUCUCCAUACCUGGGUUGGAGGCAGAGCACAGGAAGAGCCCAGCAGCCAUGGAGCUCCACGGAGAAGGGGAUCAAGAUCAGGUCAACAUCAGGAGCCUUUCCAUGGUCGCUGAUGUGUCUGGGGCCACCUCUCUGGCUUAUACUGGUGGGGAAGGAAACCGACAAUACGCUUCAUACUGUAUGCGUAGGAACACACCGUCUGUCCCAAUCCAGGCACCUGCAGGGCCCGUCCAAAGGGCAGAACCAGGGGCAACAGUAACUCUCCAGGGCAGCAUGAGUGUGGUUGAAGGAGGGGAGGCAAUCAGCAGACCUGUUACAGACAGCACGGAAGGUCCGGAAAUGGGACCCUCCGUCUCGGCCUUUCAGAGUGAAGGCAACAUGAGCAAACAGGAUGGAGGCCAGAGAGUCUCCCCAGUCCAGGCUGAAGCCCCAAGGAAGAGUAAGGAAAAGGAGAGAACUCCCACUGAAAGGCUUUACCAUCUUAAUAGGAUGUGGGAAAACAAAUCAUUCCUGAAAUCACAUGGAACCCCUCGGGGAGAUAAAAGAACCAGAGCAGCCUAAAGGAGCGAGGAUAUGGCUCCCUACUCCAGGAAUACAUAAACCUCAGCCUCACCCAAAAGGGGUCCAGGUUAUCUCAAAAAUUGAGGAGGAGCUUGUCUAGAACUAGGUCA